CCAUCUCCUUCGACCUCUGUGCUGUCCCACGGCCGUCGCUCGCAUCCAGACAUCCCCCUCGGCCGCGCCCUGAGCUGGUACGGCGACAAGCAGAAGAAGAGGCCCUACUGGACCCAGUUCUUCAGCACCGUAGUCAUCUUCCUCUUCUCCGACCUUAGCGCCCAGCUGCUCGUGCCGUGGGUCACUCAAGAUAAUAAUAAUGAUAGCCAAGAUGAUGCAGAGACACAAGAGGAAAAGCUAGGGAUACUCGACAGAUACGAUCCGCUGCGCACGCUCAGACAUGUCAGCAUAGGCGGGUUCGUCGCCAUCCCGAGCUACACAUGGUUCAUGUUCGUGCACAACAACUUCAACUACGCCUCCAAGUUCCUCUCGAUAACAACCAAAGUCGUGCUCUCCCAAGUCAUCUACGCGCCGCUCUUCAACGUCUACUUCUUCUCGGCCCAGUCGCUGCUCUCCGGCGCAAGCUGGUCGGAGACCCUCCAGCGUCUACAGGUCACGCUGCCCGUCAGCAUCGUCAACAGCGCAAAGAUAUGGCCGGCUGUCUCGGCGUUUAUGUUCCUGUACAUCGAUCCGGCCUUUAGAGCGAUCUUCGCGGGAGUCAUUGCCUUGGGGUGGCAGACGUAUCUCUCGUGGCUGAACCAGAUUGCCGCGAGGGAGGUUAGGGCCAGAGAAAAGCAGAAGGAAGUGGGAGCUGGGCCGGUGGGAAAAGUCGCUGUUUGA